CAGACACCAGCUACUAUGAAACGACCUUCAAAAAGCCUCUCUCAGACGCAUCCUCACACACCCUUCAGCACAGAGCAGUGGGGACGGAUGAAACAAGGCACUGCAGACUCAUCUUCAAGUCAUUGUGGCACUUACGGUUUUGCCUGUGUAGGAAUGGGUGGCAAACUAAUCUUUCUGGUGACUUUCCUGGUUGGUUAUCUGACAACUGGAAUCAGAGGAAAUUUGGAAAGACCGACAGCCACUAAUGUGAGCAUCACUCGUGAGGGUUGCGGAACCACCAAACUGUGUUUGGGAGAUGAUGGCUGUGAUCCUGCCGGCAGUGAUCUCUGCUCCUUCGUCUCCUCUGAGGUCGUAAAUGCUACUAAUUCAAAUGUGAAAUUUGAGCUCUUUGGGAACUCCACCGGAUACAUUGCUCUGGUGCUCACCAGUAAUGUAACCCAGGGGGGCGGUAUGGUGUUUGUUUGUUCCAGAGAUCCAUUCAACACAACGAGGAACUUCUUAUUCCGCACAGCUACACAGGAUAGAGAUAAUGGCAACAUCACCUUGACCAACAUGACAAGUGUGGAGGACAUCUCAUACAACUUCAACAGAAGCAUCAACGGAAGUUUCCACCAGUGUACAUUAACUGUCCAGGGACUGAGCCAGGCCAUCAAUAAUCGCACCACUGGAAAUAUCAAUGUCCGAGUUUCCCUUAUCAGGGGUGAAGUCAGAGGUGGUCCAGCAUUUGCUGCCCCCAGUGCUGAACUCUUCAGAACCAAUGGCAUGGUGGACUUGACCAGUACUGUUGACCCAGUUGCUAAUUUGGACAUGCCUACAGCCACAAGCAUGAGGAUCACUCGUGACGGUUGCAGUGACACCAAGCUGUGUUUGGGAGAUGAUGGCUGUAACCCUGCUGGUGAUACUCUCUGCUCCUUCAUCUCUGCCCGGGUCGUAUCUGCUAGUGAUUCAGACGUGGCCUUUGAGCUCUUUGGCAACUCUACCGGAUACAUUGCACUGGUGCUCACCAGUAAUGAAACCCAGGGGGGCGGUUUGGUGUUUGUUUGUUCCAGAGAUCCAUUCAACGCAAUGAGGAACUUCUUAUUCCGUAGAGGUACACAGGAUAGAGAUAAUGGCAACAUCACCUUAACUGACUCGCCACGAGUGGUCAGCAUCACAUACAACUUCAACGGAAGCCUCGGCGGAAGUUUCCACCAGUGUACAUUCACUGUCCAGGGACUGAGCCAGGCCCUCAAUCGCGCCUCUGGAGCCCUCAACUUCCGACCCUCCCUUGUCAGUGGUGAAGUGAAUGCUGAUGGGACAUUUGACGCCCCCAGAACUUCACUCUUCAGAGCCGAGGGCAUCUUGGAUCUGGCCAAUAUUCCUCUUGACCCAACUCUUAAUUUGGAAAUGCCUAGAGCCACAAAUGUGAGCAUCACUCGUGAUGGUUGUGGUUCCACCAAACUGUGUUUGGGAGAGAAUGGCUGUGAUCCUGCCGGCAGUGAUCUCUGCUCCUUCAUCUCCUCCGAGUUCGUAAAUGCUGCUGAUUCAAAUGUGAAAUUUGAGCUCUUUGGGAACUCCACCGGAUACAUUGCUCUGGUGCUCUCCAGUGCUGUAAACCAGGGGGGCGGUUUGGUGUUUGUUUGUUCCAGAGAUCCAUUCAACAAUAUGAGGAACUUCUUAUUCCGCACAGCUACACAGGAUAGAGAUGAUGGUAACCUCACCUUGACCAACACGCUAAGCGUGGUGGACAUCACAUACAACUUCAACAGAAGCAUCAACGGAAGUUUCCACCAGUGUACAUUCACUGUCCAGGGACUGAGCCAGGCCAUCAAUAAUCGUGUCAGCGUCCAACCUAGCCUUAUCAGGGGUGAAGUCAAUGCUGAUGGGACAUUUGCUGCCCCCAGUAAUUCACUCUUCAGAGCCGAUAGCAUCGUGAACCUGGCUGACCCUACCAAUGGUGCUACUACUACUGCUGCUGCUACUACUGCUACUACUGCUGCUGCUACUACAGCAGGCUGUUCUUCCCUCAUGCAUCCACUGACUCAAGCAAUAACCAUCCUUGUGAGUGUCCUAGCUCUUCGCUUGUUUUGAAGAGGACCUGGCAAAGGAUUCAAGAAACACCAGUUUCACUGACAUUGCCACUCUACUCGGAUCAGAUAUCCAAUUUGCUUGGGGGGUGGGGUGGGGCAUAGCAUUAUUGGCAUCUCAUACCACAUUUGGGUCUAGUACCGACUGUGGUCAUUUCCGGAGUCCACUCCCCAUCUCUCUCCUGCUCAUCUCCUGUAGAAUCUUCACUAUCCAAUCAAUAAAGGCAAACAAGCCCAGAAAUAUAAAGGUACCUCCUUCUUCACUUUAUACCUUCUUCUUGUCCCUUAAUACAUAAAGCUAUAAGACAACUGUGAUGACCAGAGUCAAUAUUGGACCUGCGAUGCUUCACGUCUAAAAACCCUGCUGUUUCAGCCCUUCAGUUUGUGAAAGGAAAUUAGUCAGCUCUUCAGGGACCAUUUCUUGCUGUUGAGGAACUCCUAUUUUCAGGAGGAUUCCAAACUGUGCUGUUAUGGAGGCAAUUCAGCCGCGCCUUGACACAAUAGAUUACCAUAAAUGCAUUCCCUUUGUUUCGAAUUAUGACUGUAAUGCUCUUGUUUAUCUACAAUAAAUUUUUAUUCUGGAAUAAAAAAAAGUUCUUUCAAUCUUAUAA